AUGAAGCUGAGGUGGCAGGGCCGGAUAGCGGACACAGACGAACUGGAACGGACGGGAAUCCUCAGCAUCUGUGGCGUGCUGAUGCAACUGCAACUGCGCUGGAUCGGCCACCUCGACACUGAUGUGCUGGAACGGACGGGAAUGCGCAGCAUCUACGCCAUACUGAGGCAAAUGCAGCUGCGCUGGAGCGGCCACCUGAUGCGCAUGGAUGACGAGCGGUUACCCAAACGACUCCUCUACGGAGAUGUCGCCACUGGUUCCCACCGACAAGGAGGCCAAGUCCGCCGCUACAAGGACACUUUGAAGACCUCCCUGAAGCGUCUGCAGAUCAACCUGGCCAACUGGAAAGAUCUCUUCCGAGACCGACCGACUGACCUGGAUGAGGACACUGAAGACAGUCGCAGUGACCUAUGA